UUCGAGUACCAGAGCCAACUGCCGUCGCUGCCGGUGCCGGCCUUGGAGGCGACGGUGGCCAAGUACGUCGAGAACGCGCGCCUGUUCCUGUCGCCCCAGGAGCUUGAGCGGACGAGGCAGGAGGCCGAGCGGUUCCUGCAGGGUCCCGGCCCGGUCCUUCAGCAGAAGCUGCUCGAGCGGGCCGACCUCAAGAAGAAGGAGAACAAGAGCUGGCUCAUCGAUUGGUGGAACAGCUGGGCCUACAUGGACUACAAGGACUCGGUGGUGAUCAACGUGAGCUACGCGUUCAACUUCGUCGAGCCCCGCCUGGGCCGCGUCUCGCAAACCCGCAGGGCCGCCCAGCUCAUUCACGGCGCCGUCCUCUUCGAGCAACAGCUUCACAAGUACACACCUCCCCUCCCGGACAUGGGCAAAGAUGGUCCGAUGUGCAUGAACAUGUACCAGCUCAUGUUCAACACCACCCGCAUCCCGAGUGCCAAGACCGACCACUGGGCCACCUACCACGACGACCCGGAGGCCAGGCGCAAGGUGCUCGUGGCGCACAAGAACCGCUUCUUCAUCGUCGACGUGUACGACCAGUCCAACCAGCUGCUCUCCGUCCCCGAGCUCGAAAUGCAGCUGGAGAAGGUCAAGUCACUGGGGAGCACCAAGGAGGAGUGGGCCGUCGGCGUGCUCACCAGCGACAACCGCGUCCAGUGGGCCGAGGCGCGCGACCUCCUGCUUCGCGACCAGCAGAACAGGGCGAGUCUGCAGCAGAUCGAGAAGACCCUCUUCGGCGUGUGCCUGGAUGAGGGCGCCAAGUCUGGCCUCGAGCUUGAGCGCAACUUCUGGCACGCCGAUGGCAAGAACCGGUUCUUCGACAAGUCGUUCCAGUUCAUCGUCAUGGAGGACGGCCUGGCCGGGCUCAACGGCGAACACUCCGGCGUCGACGGCUCGCCUGCCUGGCGCAUGACCAACUUCGUUCUCGACUGGGAGGAAGAGUUCCAGCGGAACCCCGAGCAUGCGGCCAACAAGAACCGCAACUCGGCCGCCCUUUCCCCCGUCGAGGCGUCCUUCAACAUCACUGACGACGUCAAGCCCUAUAUCACCAAUGCUGAGAAACGGUUGGCGAAGGCUGCGAGCGAGGUGGACCUGCAGGUGAAGUACUUUAACAAGUUCGGCAAGGACGCGAUCAAGUCGUGGAAGAUCAGCCCCGACGCCUUCUGCCAGAUGGCCAUGCAGCUCGCCGUCCACUCCCUCACCGGCGAGAUCUACCCCACCUACGAGUCUGGGCAGACCAGGAAGUUCUUGUGGGGAAGGACGGAAACCGUGCGUUCGGUGUCCGCUGAGUCUGUCGAGUUCGUGAAGUCCAUGAAGAGGACGGAUCUCAAGGACUCCGACAAGCUGGAGCUGUUGCGCAAGGCCUGCAACCGACACACGCAGACCAACCAGGACGCCUGCGAUGGCCUCGGAAUCGAUCGGCACCUCCUGGGUCUGCGCCUGAUCGCCGCCGAGCAGGGCGUGGAGGAACCCGGGCUCUACAAGGACCCGGCCUACUCGCGCAUCUCCACCUGGCGUCUCUCCACCUCCCAGCUCACCUCGCCCCACUUCCAGGUCGUGUUUGGACCCGUGGCUGAGGAUGGCAUCGGAUGUUGCUACGGCAUCCUCGACAAUGGCCUGCACUUCAAGGCCUCGACGGCGCUCAAGUGCAAGACCAACGCGACGGCGUUCGUCAACGCGGUGGAGGACUCGCUCGUCCAAAUGGCCAAGAUAUGCGCGACAGGCACCACCCACGCCAGCAAGGCCAAGCUCUAA